AUGACGUCCCGCAGUUACACGAAAUCUUACAACCGUAAGCUUAACAGUGUAACACCCGGCAGUAUACAGUUCGACAAGCUCUUCCGCGAGAACAGCAAUCGGCCGUCCGCCGCCAAGUCAGCGGGUACUGUUGGCAAAUGGGGUAUAACGUCCUUCACGUCCAUCAGGAGCACCAAUAUCAAUGGAAGGAGAGAUGAUAUCCAUAACACGCUUGGCGCGAAGAAAAUGAAACUGGACUAUGGGAAUCAGAACGCCCGGGUGAAUUCUGGCAAGGAUCCGUUCUCCUUCGAGACAGACCCGGACAACAAGCCGGACGCCGCGCCGGAGGUCGUGAAGCCGAAGAAGUUCUUCAAGAGCCGGAACGUACCGGCCGUGGAAGAAUCUCGCCAAGACGUGGCGAUCUACAGACCAGUACCUGACUCUCAAUGCGGCCGGCCCCGUGUCCCGAAGCAACCCCAGCAGCCGCAGCAGCAGCCGGCGCAGCAGAAGCAGACGGCUGUGACGAAGGUGUCGCACGCGCCGGUCAAGAAAGUAGCGGAGAGCUUAGAUAACACGACCGGCGACGUUCUCCCGAGUCGAGAGGAAAACAAGCCGCCGAUCGUGCUGAGAAUAUGCAAAGGCACGGCGCGGUUUGUCUGCGGAGAUGUACAGGACACGCAGGACACCUCCGAGCCGGAGACCUACAGGAUCUCCACGUCGCUCGCCAGUCCAUCCAAGAUGGACAUCGAGCGGAAAACGUCCAACACGUCGGCGGAAACGUCGCUGAGGUCGGACUACCACAAGCCGGUGCGCUCCCACCAGCCGCUCGUCUCCACCGUAUCGAUCCCCUUGGAGAACUCCGACAUGCGUAGGACUACUCGCAGCCGCGCGAAAAACCUGCACCUCGACCUGACCACGACGACCACCACGUCGGUCGUCGCGACGCCGGCGCCGGCGAUGCCCAACUCCCACAGCUCCGGCCUCUCGUUAACGCUGAGGAAGUCCGUCACGGACUCCAACAACACCCUCAUAUCGCACUACGACAUCGUUAAGACUGACUGCGGCUCCUCGUACUCCUCCAAGCCGACCAUCGAGCCGUUGAUCGGACGCGAUCAGCCACUGCCGACUACAACUCAGGAGCUGAUCGACAUAUUAUCGAGCGACUCCGACGCGAAACUGCCACUGCCACCGCCGCCGGCACCGCUCGCACCCGCCGCGGCGACAACUGCGAUCAACGUAGCCGGUAACGUGGUGGAGGCUGAAGCAACGCCGGAGAACAUCGCCAGCCAGGUUCAACAUUGCACCAUAGACAUCCAGACUAACGAGGUUGUGUCUGAGCAGCAGCAGCAGCAACAAGAACAGCUGACGUCAAUUGUGGACGCGCAAUUGAUCGAACCGGUGGAAGCGGCGAUCGAGGCCGACCCCGAGUCGGAGCCGGAACCCGUGGUGCCGCGUGCGACCGGUGACACGGAGAUCGCCGCCGCCAAGGCUCUGGUGGAUCAGGACUGGUUCUCGGGCAGUGACGAUAGUGAAGGUGCUAGUGGGAACGCCGAGAGUGAGAUACCGCUGCACGUGACGAGUACAGUUUCGGAAUCGCAGAUCCCCGACGUACCGUUGACGAGUGUGCCGAUCAGCAGCAAGCCCGCCGCCACGAAGAAGGGCAGCAUCUUCAAGAGCCGCUCGACGGGCGCGACGAACGGCAAGAGGCGGGCGUUGUACAAGCACAAGUGGUGCGACAGCGACAAGGAGUCCACCGUCGCGGACACGCCUACCACCGACAAUAGCACACCGGCCACCGCGUCCGGCUCCGGCAGUGCGAGCGCCUCCGUCUACGAGGAAGAGUUCGAUCCCUCGCUCCUGACGAGAGUCGUCACUUACUCCGCGGCCGACGCUGGUUUCGAGGACGAAACUGAUGCCGUCACGAGUGUUCGUUGCGGUAGAAAAAUUAAAGGGUUCUAUACUGUAGUGAAGAACGUGAAGAAAGCUCACCAGAUACAGGAGAGCGGUGAAUUCCAAGAGUUCAAUGACGACGUGGAAUAUAUCUUGGACACUUUGAGGGAAAAUAAUCCAAAUGCUACUCGUUGCCUUUCCGCCAUACGGUUAGCAAGUAAAUGUAUGGCUCCCGCAUUUCGUAUGCACGUGCGUGCUCAUGGAACUGUUGCCAAGUUUUUUAAAGCUCUUCACGACGCAACUAAGGAUCAGAGCCUCGGCCUGUGCACGGCGACGGUGAUGUUUGUCUUGAGUCAAGAUCGCCUAGCUAUGGAUCUGGACCGUGAUUGUUUGGAGUUAAUGUUAAGUUUAUUAGAGUCUGAUGCCAGCCAUAAGGACGCUCUUGACGACUGUGGUCUGAGUCACGCUGAAUUAUUAAAAAAUAAGGAAAAAGUGCGCCAGUUGUGCGCCGAUAUCCAAGCUCAAGGACAUGCUAAGCACUUAAAUCUAGAUAACAUUACUGUUGGUCAGCUUGCUAUGGAGACACUGUUGAGCCUUACGUCAAAGCGCGCUGGGGAGUGGUUCAAAGAAGAGCUACGAGAAUUAGGCGGUCUGGAGCAUAUUGUAAAAACUAUUCGCGAAUGCCACCGUCAUAUUAACGGCCAGGACGUUUUAAAAUCCGGCUGGACAGAUCCUUUAUUAGAUAAAUUACGUAAAGUUGACAGAUGCUUACGUGUAUUAGAAAAUGUAACUCAUAUGAAUGAAGAGAAUCAAGUGUAUUUAUUGAAAUAUGAGGACGGAGUAUUAGUAAGCACAUUAGCUAGUUUAUAUUACUUCUGCGGUCAAGAAAUCCCCAUUUAUCCGACAACGGAUCCAAGCGACAAAAGUUCUACCGGUGCUGUUGUUAGAGAAUGCCUUUUCGCGAUUAUUAAAGUUCUCAUUAACCUCACCCAUCGAUUUAAUAGACAAUCUUUUGGUAGCAAGUCGGUCGGUUCUCAAAUCGGCGUUUUGGACUGUAGUUUAUUUCUUUUAUUGCGUGUUCCCGAGUCACUUCCGGAGGAAAAGCGGUUCGACAUGAUGAUGUUGGCAUUAAUUUUAUUGAUAAAUCUGGUGGAACAGUGUGACGAUAACAAGAAACAUCUCAUUGAUUCGAGAGCUCCUCCGUUGCUAGAAAAUAUUUUUGACUCUGGGGAAAGCGGAGUGGAAUCCUUGAUUGAUUUGUUUUACAAACAAGAGGAGCUUGCGCGUGCUGAGGAGCAAAAAACUGACGCUAUUCUGGACGGACAGAAAGAUUCUGAACAAACGGAAACGGUAUCGACUACUACUAAAUCUCAGGAAGAAUUUAUCGAAGAGACCGUUACAAAACUAUUGCAAAAAGCUGGACGACAUAUGGAACACACUUUGAUUGGAGCUUAUGUCGUGCUUUUACUUGGAUACUUAAUAAUGGAUAACAAGGAGUAUGAGUCACUAGUACGAAGUAGACUACGAGACAAGAGUUUCGCCACUAUGGUCUCUGUACUUCAAAAGUUCUUCAACUUCAUGAAUUUGACGGCAUCGAAUGAAGUGAGUAGUUGCGGGAUCGCUGCUACUGAGAAGGUAAUCAAGUUCCUAAAGAUGUCGGAUGCCAGAAUCGAGGAGGAGACGAACGAGUUACCAUUACCAGCAUUAGAAGACACCAGUAUAAUGCUCGACUUAACCUCAUCUUGAUUGACAUGUCAUGCACGCACCUGACAGCAUUUUUUUUCUCACCUGGCGUAUGCAAAGAGCCAAAGUUGUAUGUGUCCAGCGAAAAAGAAGUUUCUCUCUGUCACGACACAGGCGGACUUCUGUUUCAUAUUCAUAUAUUUUGAUACAUAUUUAUUCAUUUACGUAAUUUAUUGUAGGUUUUCAUCGCUAUUGAUUUUGCUAAAAUUCUCAUUAUACGAUGACGAUAAAUCGUUUUACAUUUUAAUCGGUUUUUAGAUAUAAGAUAGUGUAAUUUGAAUGAACAUUUAAAAGAACACAUCUUGUAAGUAUGAUUGCAGGGCACUUAUCGUGAUUACCGUUACACACACAGUGUCUACUAUCAACAAUCAUUUAAGCUAUCAAAUAGCCACCUUUUUGAGAUAUAACCAAGAAGCGUGAUUCUGAGCUUCUUGCCAGUCUAAAUGAUUUAUUUUCUGUAUAUGAUCUUAAUAUUUUGUACAAUCAACAAUUUAAAAUUACACUUUGCGUUUUAAAAACCUGUUAAGUAAUUCAUAUUGCACUAGGAUGCAUUAUGUCGCUGAAAUUCAAUAUAGCAUUAUGUAUAAGUUUAUUUUAAUAUUAAAAUUAUAUUACCAUAUAAGCCUUGUAAAUGUAAAUUUAUAAAUUAUAAUUGUACCUUAUACACACACCUGCGGUUCACAGUUAUUGGAUCCCGUUAGCAUGUAUAUACUUGUAAGAUCACUAUUGCGUUACACAGUGAUAUGUUUAGAAAAUA